CAAAAUGAUCGAAGCGGUUCAUCCCUGUCGCGUUUGUCUGUCGGAAGGUACGUGGAAUAUCUUUGGCAGCAAUGUAGUCAACGAUGAGAUGUGCACCGUCGCGUCCAUCAACCACAUCCGAGAUAAACUGCAGUACGUGACACAGCUUGAGAUAAACGCAGACGAUGGUUUACCGUUCCGGAUUUGUGAGCUCUGCGUUGUACAGCUAAAUCUGGCCUAUUACUUCAAACAACUUGCGGCCGAUUCGGAUAGUAAGCUACGGGUGCUAAAAGCUGCCCGUGAAACACCUACGCUAGACAUUCCAAUUGGUUCCGCCGACGAGCCAGUGGUGGUACAAGAGGGUCCGGAAGCAAUUUUAGGUGUGGCAAAGCAAGAGCGAGAAGAAGAAUCCUCAAAUGAAAUAACCAUAGGGCUGACGGUUGUAAGCGAACCUUCCACCGACCACUACACUUCAUUAAGUGCAGCAAGCGUGUCGCGUGUGACCCCCGAACCGGCCAUACUACCGGCGAUGGUUUACCUCCAAAGGGAUAUUAUCAAUCCAGCCGAAGAUGAAGCGUUCAUAAAAGAUAUUAUAAAAAAGGAAGUAAUUUCGAUGCCGUGGCCAACCAUUACCGACUGCAGUUCAACGCCAACGCUCGAAGGCGAUCAAAAUAAUUUUUCAUCACAGCCGCAGAUCAAAUCCCCUCCAAAGAAAAAGCCACGAAAAUCUCCAGUGAAACGUAGACGCUCGGCAAGCGAACACCACGAUGAAACGAACGGAAUAGAAAACCGUCCACAGAAGCAAUCAACCAAAGUGGCAAAAAAGAGAACCAAGCGAGCAACGGUCGUACCUGUAACAACAGCAACAGCAAUUGAACAGAACCAACCAGCACAAGUAAAGGAAAGCUCGAAAUCGAACAAGUCAGCAGUGCGGAAACGGGGGCUACAGAAAGAGUUGGCUAACCUGCGGAUCGAUAUGGUUGACGAACGGUACGAUUUGCGGGAAUUGGCGCUACAGCGCGCCAAUGGAUCGCUUAUCGCUCCGAUGGUGCGGCGCAACUCCAUCUGCGUAUCGUCCUUACGAUCGUGGAUGUAG